UUAUCUGCUCUUACCUCUCAGCUCUCUCUCUCUCUCUCUCUCUCUCUCUCUCUCUGUUAUCUUCCUUCUUUCCUUCGCCUCCUUCCAAUUCUGCUCAUCCACUCACUCCCUCUUUCUCUUUCUUCUUCCUCCUCCUCUUCUGCUCCGAAAUUCAAUGACCCCAUCAUUGUGUCGCUUCCGAUUCACCUCACUUCUUAUCGAGCUCGUCCUACUCAAUUCUCAAUGAGACUGCGCUUUCUCAACACAACAUGGCAUCUGCUUCUUCCAUGUCAGUUUCUUUAGAAUGUGUGAAUGUGUGCAAGCAGUGGAGAUGGGAAGGGGGUGGAAGAUAUGAUUGUAAUCUUCUGUCGUGUGCCUGGAAAGCUCCAAGGGUCCUUACUGGAUUUCUUGCAAGCACGGCUCAUCCUCAUCAGUCUUUGUCCACGUCCCGGCGGCGAAAUGGGAGAAGGAACCGGUAUAAUUUUGAAUGCAAAGCCUUUAGUAUAGUUAGUUCACAUCCAGACGGAGCGCUUGAUAUCAUACUUCUUGAAGGAUUCUCUAAAUCUAUCUUGUCUCAAGUUGCUAGUAGAAGAUGGCAGUUACGUAGUUCGUCAGCCUUCUCAGUGGAUACUGCCAAUGAUGUUACCCCUGAAAGUUUGUGGGAGGAUCUUAAACCUGCGAUCUCAUACCUAUCCCCUAAAGAACUAGAAUUAGUUCAUAAUGCCCUUAUGUUGGCGUUUGAAGCUCAUGAUGGUCAGAAAAGACGCAGUGGUGAACCUUUCAUCAUUCAUCCAGUUGAGGUUGCACGUAUUCUUGGAGAACUUGAACUUGACUGGGAAUCGGUGGUAGCUGGGUUACUUCAUGACACAGUUGAGGAUACAAAUCUUGUUACUUUUGAAAAAAUUGAGGAUGAGUUUGGUGCUACUGUACGCCACAUUGUGGAAGGAGAAACCAAGGUGUCAAAGCUAGGAAAAUUGAAGUAUAAGAAUGAAAAUGAUUCUGUUCAAGAUGUAAAAGCAGAGGAUCUUCGGCAAAUGUUUCUGGCCAUGACAGAGGAGGUUCGGGUUAUUAUUGUCAAAUUAGCAGACCGGUUACAUAACAUGCGCACUCUAUCUCAUAUGCCUCCACAUAAACAGGCUAGCAUUGCAAUGGAGACAUUACAGGUGUUUGCCCCCUUGGCAAAGUUGCUUGGGAUGUAUCAAAUUAAGUCAGAACUAGAAAAUCUUUCAUUUAUGUACACAAAUGCUGAAGAUUAUGCUAAAGUCAAGAGGAGAGUUGCUGACCUAUACAAAGAACAUGAGAAAGAACUUAUGGAGGCAAACAAAAUAUUGAUGAAGAAAAUCCAAGACGAUCAGUUCUUAGACCUUCUGACUAUUAAGACAGAAGUCCGUGCGGUGUGUAAAGAGCCUUACAGUGUCUAUAAGGCUGUUCUCAAAUCAAAAGGAUCAAUCAAUGAGAUUAACCAAAUUGCACAGCUUCGUAUCAUCAUUAAACCAAAGCCAUGCCUUGGGGUUGGUCCUUUAUGCAAUGCACAGCAGAUUUGCUAUCAUGUUCUGGGCUUGGUCCAUGGAAUCUGGACCCCUAUUCCUAGAUCUGUGAAGGAUUACAUUGCAACCCCAAAACCCAAUGGCUACCAGAGUCUUCAUACAACUGUGAUUCCGUUUUUGUAUGAGAGCAUGUUUAGGCUAGAAGUCCAGAUUAGAACAGAAGAAAUGGAUUUGAUAGCUGAAAGGGGCAUUGCUGCUCAUUAUAGUGGGAGAGAAUUUAUCACUGGCUUGGUUGGAAGUGCAUUGCCUAAUGGUAAAAGUGCAAGAGGGAAGACAGUGUGUCUUAAUAAUGCCAACAUUGCACUCAGAAUUGGCUGGCUCAAUGCAAUUAGAGAGUGGCAAGAAGAGUUUGUUGGCAACAUGAGUUCCAGGGAGUUUGUAGACACAAUUACAAGAGAUCUGUUGGGAAGUCGUGUCUUUGUGUUUACACCCAGGGGAGAGAUUAAAAAUCUUCCUCAAGGUGCUACUGUCAUUGACUAUGCUUAUAUGAUACACACUGAAAUUGGUAACAAGAUGGUAGCUGCAAAGGUCAAUGGUAAUCUUGUUUCUCCUGCACGUGUACUUGCAAAUGCAGAAGUAGUGGAGAUAAUCACAUAUAAUGCACUUUCCAGCAAAUCAGCUUUUCAGAGGCAUAAGCAAUGGUUGCAACAUGCUAAAACCCGUAGUGCAAGGCACAAAAUAAUGAAGUUCCUUAGGGAGCAAGCCGCACGUUCUGCUUCUGACAUCACAACGGAAGCAGUCAAUGACUUUGUCACUGAUUCUGAAGGAGAAAGUGAAUCUGAAGAACUGUCACAUGGUUCAAAUGGUUGUAGACCAACGUGGGGAAAAAUGUUUGUGAAUGGAGUGGAAAUAACAACUCCAGAAAGGAAUCGGGUUCUCCCCCAAAGUAAGAAUGGAAGUGUUUGGUCCCCCAAGGUAAACGGAAAACAUAACAAGCACGUGCAUCAUGUAAGCUUGAAUGGCAAAGAACAGAUGUUGCAUGAGGGAAACAAUUUGGCCAAGAUAAUUCAAGCUACCGUUCCAAGAUAUAAGGAAGUCCUGCCAGGUUUAGAAAGUUGGCAAGCUCAGAAAAUUGCUACUUGGCACAAUAUUGAGGGGCACUCCAUCCAAUGGUUGUGUGUGGUAUGCAUAGACCGAAGAGGCAUGAUGGCCGAGGUCACAACAGCAUUGGCCACAGCUGGCAUAACCAUAUGUUCUUGUCUGGCUGAGAUUGAUGGAGGAAGAGGAAUGGGUGUCAUGUUAUUUCACAUAGAAGGAAACUUGGAAAACUUGGUGAGUGCUUGCUCUAUGGUGGAUCAUGUAUUAGGCGUUUUAGGGUGGUCUACCGGCUGCAGCUGGCCGAGCUUGGUGGAAGACAAUGCUGUUCUCGAGUGCUAGUUCAAGCAUUGCAAGACUAUAUCAGGGAACUUUAAGUUUUGUUCGCAUCAAGGAAGGCAUUAUUAUGUGUCUAAAUUUUUGUUUCAUACAUAAAUUUGUUCCAACUCGCUAACCCAAUAAACCGGCAGCAGCCAAUUGAGCUAAAGACUCGAAACUCAAGGCGGUUGUAUAUAGAAAAAAGAGUGAUAGGAUAAAGGAGUAUACAAAACUGUAAAUGUAGUUGUGCAGAAAAAUCCGAGUAUUUAUAUUUUACUAGUUA